AUGCCUUCCCGAAACCCCACCGGCUUCGACGUCAGGGAGUUCAAGGCUGCAGCUCAUCCGCGGUCCGUUUGGGCUAAGAAGGAUCCUUGGGCCCGUUACGAGGCUUGGCGAUACACAGGACCCUUUUCUCGAUGGAAUCGGUUUAAGGGACUGUUCCCCGGUCUCGGAACCGCAACUGUUCUCUUUGCCGGAUACUGCGUCUACGAGCAACUUUUCCUUAAGGAGGACCACGGUCACGGUCAUGAAGAGUCUCAUCAUUAA